AUGUUUUAUCUGGUUAAUUCCAUGUGUGGUCGGGAACAUAUACCUCCUCCCAGUACGAAGACGGACGUGGAGUCCCAGAAAAAACAGCUCGAGACCAAGAAAAGAAGCCUGUGCCAAAAGGUCGAUACCACCGGCGUCCUGACAAUAUUCCUCGGUCCGCCAGUGCUCCUACUUGCAGUCACAUUUCUGAUCCUCUUCUGGUGGGAGUCAAUGAAGGCAAUCAACGGAGGAGACCCCGAGGUCUAUUGGUUUCGCAUUGUGAAUGCAGACUGGGCGACUCGACUGAUUACGAUAUGCACCACUGCCAUUCGGACCGUAGUGUCCUUCCAAGCAGGGCUUGCCACCGCAAUGGUUGCGGGCGUUGUUCUGGAGACAAAAGGAAUCCCCCUCCUCCAGGGACCACUAUACUCCAUCCUACGUGCGGUCAAGGCGGCUCCCAGCAGCCUAUUCACGGCGACCGACUUUCGCCCUCAUCUCCCACCGUUCAUCUCUACUCUCGUGGUCGCCGAGGUGCUGGUGACCGCCGCGUCCCAGUUCCUCUCCACUAUAUACCUGUCGGAUUUUACCAGCAGCACGUUCACCCAGAGCAACAAUUCGACAAAUGUCAGCCUCCUCGAUACCGAGUUUAGUACGGCCAGCGGCUGGUGGACGAUGCGCCCCGCGGCAAGUUGGACAUUCGCCGAGCUGUCCGAACCGUUCAAGGAAGGAUCCAAUUUCCACGACACCGGGCACACCUACCGGGCCCUCCUCCCCUUUGACGAGGAGGAGCACCGAACAAAACUGCGCAGAUACCAGGGCCCUGCUCCCGUCAUGGAUCAGCGGGUCAUCUGCGCACCACCACCUUUGACGCUGCGGGUCUCCGCCUGCCUGAUCAACGUGGCUGUUGAGACCAUCGUCGUGGGACUGAACAGCUCCUCGGACAACCCCGAGCCGACGAUCAGCUGGGACCGGACCACCAACAGCUACAACACGGAAGCCGCACGACGCCAGCUGGGCGCAUCGCGCACCCGCGAGAGCUUGGCCAGCCGGGGGGUGCUCAGCCUCGAGCCCCGGUCCCAAUGGGGCGCCGUUCUGCCGCUCAACGACUCAUCCACGGGGGACACGGACCUGCCGGCGUUCUUCCUGGCUGUGGACGUCAGUCUCCCGACCCUGCUGAUGUCUACCGACAACUACACCUACAGCCCGGGCGUGCUGCUGGCCGACGACGGCACGGGGUUCUACAGCGGGAGCGCCGAGAACACUCACGUCGAGAUGUUCCAGGACACGCUCAACACGACCGCGAGCCCCGCGUUAGCCGUGCAGGUCGUGCUGGCCCGGAUCUUCCAGAUGGCCUACUACGAGCAGCUGGUCAAGAUGGCCGGCACCGCCACCGCAUCGACUGGCUUCUCCGUCUCCUCCUCCAUCCCCUCGCAGUGGACCGGCUUCAUCAUCGGCACCACGCUCAUUGCGACCCACAUCGUCAUCGUCACCAUCAUCACCAUGCAGUUCGCGCGACAUACGAACAGCACGAUCAUCGGGAACUACUGGCAAACGGUGUCCCAGGUGGUCUCCGACGAAACGCGCCCGAUCCUGGAACAAGCGGAUACGAUGGACGAUGCGGAGGUCAAGCGCUGGGCGAAGCGCAACCUCCAGAACCUCAAGGCGUACCGCGCCGUGCGCAGUCAGCAUGAUGGGCGGACUACCCUAGACAUGGUGGGGUCAACACGCGAACAUUGACCUGUGUAUAUAUCUGGAAGUGAGCUGCAACUCAUAGAACUC